AUGACUGACGCCAAGUUCACGACCCUGUGCCUCCUUGGAUGUGUGACCCCACCAGGAAACCUGGGAGGUGCCAUCCUCGACAGCCUGCUCAAUGGGAAGCAAAGCGACGCCCUCUUCACCCAAUUUAUCGCCUGCGUGCGCAGCCAAGCCACCGAGGAAAAACUCGCCGCGCGGUUCCCAGAACACCUCUCCAAACUAUCCAUCAAACGCGGGGACAACGCCCGCGCAGUGCGUGACGCGGACGUGGUGAUCCUCGGCGUCGACCCAGCAGACAUCGAAUCCGUCUUGACGCAGCACGGGCUCCGAGAGGCACUAGAGAACAAGCUGAUCAUCAGCAUCGCAGCCGGCUGGACGCGGCAGAAACUCGAAGAAACCAUCUACGGCAGCGCCACGACGAACGCCAACAAAGCCAACCGCGCCUGGGUGGUGCGGACACUCCCCAACAUCGCAGCGCAAGUCUCGCAAUCUCUGACAGCCAUCGAGGUCUCGGAGCCCGCGCCGCCGGAGCACUACCUGCAAAUCACGACGGCGAUCUUCGAGCAGAUCGGUAAGGCGGUCCAAAUUGACCCGAAGCUGAUGAACGCCACGACGGCCGUGGGCGGGUCGACGCCGGCGAUGUUCGCGGUUAUCUGCGAUGCCAUGAUCGAUGCAGCGGUGGCGGUGGGAGUGCCGCGCGAGCUGGCGCAUACGAUGAUUUUCCAGUCUAUGCAAGGGACCGCGGCGAUGUUGCAGAGUGGGAUGCAUCCGGCUCUGCUGAAGGAUCAGGGGACCUCGCCUGAGGGCUGUACGAUUGGCGGAUUGAUGGUUAUGGAGGAGGCGGGCGUGCGAGGCUCGGUGGGACGGGCGUUGCGUGAGGCUGUUACUUUGGCGCGGCUGAUGGAGACGCAGGAGCAUGUUAAUGACACUCGGCGUUAG